GUCUCUCUAUCUCUCUUUCCUCCCCCUGUGUGGUUUCUGCUUGUCUGUCUGUCUGUCUCCCAGUUUGCAGUCAGUCUCUGAUACUCAGAGACCUGAAGAUGGACCCAGCGGCUCCAGCCACGCGGAUGACCUCAUCGUUCACCAUCAAUAUUUCUACCCCGUCUUUCUACAAUUCACCCAAAAAGUUUGCGCCGGUGGUACCCCCCAAACCCAAAGUCAACCCGUUUAAGGCGUCGGAAGAGCCGGAAGUCCAGAACGUGUCCGUAGCCCCCCAAGAACGUUCGUCAGGCUCUGGGGUGCGGGCGUUUCUGGGGAAAGUUGGGGCGAUUCCCUCAUCGGCACCAUCUAGUGGUGACCAGGAAGACUUUAUUCUACCACCUCCUCCACCCAAUGAUGAUGCCGUCACUUCUCCAACUACUUUCUUUCCACCUCCUCCACCCUCUUUUGGAGAUGACAAUCUGGGGUCCCCAACUAGCGCUUUCCCUCCACCACCUCCGCUUGAUUUUUCAGAGCCCUUCCCCCCUGCUAUAGAGGAGUCGUUCCCGUCCCCUCCUCCUUUAGAAGAGUCACCUGUUGAAGCCAUUGAAGGCGCUGACAUCCAGGUGAAUUCUAUAAUAGUUCCUCCUCCACCUCCUGCCCCCUCUACGUUUAGCCCCAAGCCAGUUGCCCCUACAUUUGCUCCUAAACCGGCUGCUCCUACGUUUGUUCCGAAACCAGCUGCCCCUGCAUUUAUACCUGAACCUCCUGCCCCUACGUUUUCCCCCAAGCCAGUUGCCCCUACAUUCUCUCCCAAGCCAGUUGCCCCUACGUUUUCCCCCAAGCCAGCUGCCCCUACAUUUUCCCCCAAGCCAGCUGCCCCUACGUUUGUUCCUAAACCAACUACCACCGCUUUUACGCCUGAACCAGCUGCACCUGCGUUUGUUACGGAUCCUGCCGUCUCUUCGUCGGUCCAUAACCCAGCUCCCCCGUUAGCAGUCGCUCCAAAACCAGCUGCGCCAUUUGCGGUUUCCCCUAAACCUACAAAAUAUGUCCCUAAGCAGCCUGACCCUCACACUUUAUCAACUCCUCCGUCUGCACCCGCACCCCCGCCCUCACAUACUUUCUCCCCAAAACCUCUUAACCCCCCCUCAUUCUCUCCCAAACCCAGCGCUCCCACAUUUGCUCCUAGGCCACAAGACACAAACAGAGAAAAUUCUCAACCUCCGCAGAAAUUCUCCUCAGCCCAACCCAGCUCAAAACCGGACCUUAAUGUUACGUGUGGAGCCCCGCGGCCUUUAGUCCCCUCUGGAACGCGCGCACCUGGUUUUUCGUUUGCACAACAACGUGAGAAGCCUCAGGUUCUGGAGAAGCCAAGACCCGAUGCCGAGGGGCCCCAAUCUCAGAAUGUCAGGAGUCUUGGGUCCCAUAACGAGAGUAUCAGAAGCCAGGCCAACGGAGCACAUGGGUUCCGACCACAACCAGAAGGCGUUUUGGAUGCGAGACCAAAGCCUGAUGAAAUUCAGAAGAAAGAGCCCCCACCCAAAAUGCAGAGAUCUCCAGAAGCCGAUGGAUCUGCGGGUCCCCCAGGCUUGAAUAUGAAUGAAGUCAUGGAGCUGGAGAUGCUUGCUCAGCAGCUUAUGCGGGAGAUGGACAACCAACAGGCCGCCAAGUCGCAGUCCGUGGAUCGUGGACAAACAGAACCAAUAACAGAUCGCUGUGGCUUCUGUGGCAAAGGGCUGUCUCGCACAGAGACCAUCGUGAAAGCCGGCGAACAUCAUUAUCAUGUGGCCUGCUUCACCUGCUCCAAGUGUGAGCAGCAGCUUCAGGGCCGGCAGUACUACGAGAGCGCCGGGAAGCCGCUGUGUGAGGAGUGCUACGAGGACACGUUAGAGCGCUGCGCGGUGUGCGAUAAGAAGAUCACGGAGCGCUUGCUGAAGGCCAUGGAGAAAUGUUAUCACCCCGGAUGCUUCACCUGCGCCGUCUGUCGCUGCUCUCUCCAGGGAGUCCCUUUCAUCGUGGAUGACAACAACCAGCCGCACUGUGUGCCGGACUAUCACAGGAAAUAUGCCCCGAAAUGCUCGGUAUGUGGGGAGCCCAUCGCUCCGGAGCCCGGUCGAGACGAAACCGUGAGAGUAUUUGCACUCGAGAGGAACUUUCACAUGAUGUGUUAUAGAUGCGAGGACUGCAGCUGCCCUCUCUCCGUGGAAGCGAACGACUCGGGCUGUUUUCCGUUUAACAAUCACGUCCUGUGUAAGAAGUGUUUCACCGUGCGCGCCCGAGCCGCUCUCUGAUGAGCCCACCCUGCCGGUCUGUUGUCGCCGGAUACGGCUAACCAAUGCUCAGGCGCUGACCACCAAAGACUUGUGGACCCUCCGGCCACUCCGUCCAUUAUGCUGCUUGUAACGUAGUUCAGUGUUAUGAUUAUUAACCAGUUUACAGCUUCUGCAGAGACUCCUAGUUAACUGCUGGUUAGCCGGCCCUUAGCUGCUAACCACUAGUUAGUCCAUUUCUUUUAAUCUGUCAGAUAGCCCGUACCAGCAAGUGCCGGCGCAUGUUAAGAAUUAUUCUUUUCUAACAUUUUGGGGGGGUUUGUUUUUUUUUUUGUUUAAUUUUCCUAGAAUUUCUUUUUAACCUCGAUCUAUGCACAUUCAUCUCUGAAAAGGGAUGGAAAACGUCCAUUAACCCCUUUGAGGCCAUAAGUCACCUUUCGUCUGGUGUGAGAGGGGUUAACAGAUCAGUUGUGGGUGGGGGGCUGCGCUUCACUUGAGUGGGCAAUUCCAGUCUAAAAGCUAUUAGGGCUCCAGCUGAUGCAUUUCUGGUGGGCACAGCAGCGGGGGAGGGGGACAUGCGAUUUAUUCUAAGGUUUUUACUUUUUAUGUCGGGAUGCAAAGCGGGGGGGCGGGAGGGGUUCAUAUAACCAAUAAAGCAUUUUAUACAAAUAA